AUGGUGGUGUUUGAGGGUGAGGACUCCAGGAAAGUGUUGGGAUCUCUUCUUUGCCUCUGUGCUGUUGCUGCAUUUGUCUGGCUUGCAGUGGGGAAGGGAGAAGUGCACUACCUCCCUCAUGACCUUCCCUGCCCUGAAAUCUUCUCCAUGAAGCUCCAAUACACAGAGGAGAAGCUGAUCCAGCUUUCCCCCCAACUAUUUUAUCAGCAGCCAAGAGUGCUGGCUCCAAAGAAAGUUUCUUUGCGCCAGGACGUGCUGACCGUCACACCGUGGCUGGCCCCCAUCGGCUGGGAAGGAGCCUUCCACUCUGAGAUCCUGGGCAGUGCCUACAGGCCUCUGAAUCUCACCAUAGGGGUGACAGCCUUUGCCAUGGGGCAGUACAGGAGGUUUGUGCCUCGCUUCUUGGAGGCAGCAGAGCAGCACUUCAUGAAAGGCUCUCAGGUGAACUCCUGCAUCUUCACUGACAACCCAGAGACGAUUCCCAGUGUCCAGCUGCAGCCUGGCCGGAGGUUUGUCGCCGUCCCCAGGGAGAAACACUCCAGCUGGCAAGAGAUCUCCAUGCACAGGAUGGAGGCCAUAGCCCAGCACAUAGCAGAGAGGAGCCACCAGGAGGUGGAUUACCUCUUCUGCCUGGACAUUGACAUGGUGUUCUACAAUGCCUGGGGGCCUGAGACCCUGGGGGACGCAGUAGCAGCCAUACACCCUGGCUACUUCAGUGUCCCUCAAAGCCAGUUCCCUUAUGAGAGGAGGAGGAGCUCUUCAGCAGCCUACAUCCCUGAGGGAGAAGGAGACUUCUGCUAUGGGGGAGCUGUGUUUGGAGGGCUGGUCAAGAAAGUCUAUGAGCUCACCAAGAGUUGCCACACAGCCAUCCUGGCAGACACAGCCAAUGGGAUCAUGGCAGCCUGGCAGGAAGAAAGUCACCUCAACAGGCACUUCCUCUCCCACAGACCCUCCAAGGUGCUUUCUCCAGAGUAUUUAUGGGAUUACAGGAAGCCAAAGCCCCCUGAAAUUCUCCUCAUCUGUUUUUCCACACUAGAUAAGAGCUACAAAGAGAUUCUAGACUGA